GGGGCGGGGAGGCCGAGACGAGGUUGGGGCCGGACCGGGCCCGGGCGGAGCCGAGUGGGGCCGAGCAGCGCAGGCCAGCUCGGGGGCCUCCAGGCACUCCUGGCCUCGGCCUUCGCCUUCUCCCCUCCCCUUCCUCCGUGGGCGCCAAGCUAAGCGGGCCUGGCCGGACCGGACCCUGCUGGGCUGCGCUGGGGCCGCCGAACCCCCUCCUUCCUGCCCCCGACGUCCCUCCUCCCCCCUCGUGCCCUAGCCUGCCCGCCCGGUGCAGCCGGCUGCCUUUCAGAACCCGCUGGCAGCAGCCUUGGCGGUUUCGAGCUGGAGCCUGUCCGAGGGCCUGGGCAGAGGGCCAGAGAUUAGAUCUAGUAGCCAGAGAGGUGGCUGGUGGAUAAGGCGGAGGGCUGCUCCCUCUGGCUGAAGAUGUUUCCCCAGAACAGGCCGCCUUUGAGCCACCUCCAAGCCCCCCCAGUGGCCUCGGCGGCGGCCGUGCUCGUGACCACCAAUGCUUCGGCCACUACUCCUCAGACCCUGAAACUCACCUACCCGGAGACCUUGGAUCGGAUCAAGGAAGAGUUCCAGUUCCUUCAGAGUCAGUACCACAGCUUGAAGGUGGAGUGCGAGAAGCUGGCGUCCGAGAAGACUGAGAUUCACAGGCACUAUGUCAUGUACUACGAGAUGUCCUAUGGCCUCAACAUCGAAAUGCACAAACAGACAGAGAUCGCCAAACGGCUGAACGUGAUCUGUGCUCAGCUCAUCCCCUUCCUCUCCCAGGAGCACCAGCAGCAGGUGGUCCAGGCAGUGGAGAGAGCCAAGCAGGUGACCAUGGCAGAGCUGAACGCUGCCAUCGGGGUAGGUAGAUCCUUGCCUGGGGAGGAGGACCUGACCCCGGUGGAGAAGGCCGGGACCCCAGGCUUGAAGUCCAGCACGCCCACGUCCCAGGGAGACGGGCUGGGGCCCGGAGGCAGCAGCAGCAGCAGUGGAGGCAGCGUUGGGCCACAGCCCUUCCGGCCUGGGCUGGGCAAGGCGGCCGUGGACUCUCUGGCCCUGAGCCUCAGGAGCCCCCUGGCUGUGGCUGGUUCCUACACGGGCCCCUUCGGGAUGGGAAUGGUGCACUCGGCCGUGAAUGGAGACCUGGCCACCCCCGGGGCCUACACAGGGCUCCAUCUGGCGUCUUCACAACUCAAUGGGGCCAGCGGCAUGGGAGGGACAUCCGGCUACGGCCGCCCAGCCCUGGUCAGCUACGAUCCUCACUCCCACAUGCGGGUCUCCAGUCUCUCUGCUAACCUGCCCGGCAGCACCUCAGGGAAACCGGCGUACUCCUUCCACGUGUCUGCUGACGGGCAGAUGCAGCCGGUGCCCUUCCCUUCCGACGCCCUCCUGGGCACGGGCAUCCCCAGGCACGCCCGGCAGCUGCACACCCUCACCCACGGCGAAGUCGUCUGCGCCGUCACCAUCAGCAACUCCACCCAGCACGUCUACACGGGGGGCAAGGGCUGCGUGAAGGUCUGGGACGUGGCGCAGCCGGGCACCAAGACCCCCGUGGCCCAGCUGGACUGCCUGAACCGGGACAACUACAUCCGCUCCUGCAAACUGCUGCCGGACGGACGGAGCCUGAUCGUGGGCGGGGAGGCCAGCACCCUCUCCAUCUGGGACCUGGCCGCCCCCACCCCCCGCAUCAAGGCCGAGCUCACCUCCUCGGCGCCCGCCUGCUACGCCCUGGCCAUCAGCCCCGACGCCAAGGUCUGCUUCUCCUGCUGCAGCGACGGCAACAUCGUGGUCUGGGACCUGCAGAACCAGGCCAUGGUCAGGCAGUUCCAAGGCCACACAGACGGGGCCAGCUGCAUUGACAUCUCUAAUGAUGGGGCCCGGCUGUGGACGGGGGGCCUGGACAACACAGUUCGCUGUUGGGACCUCCGUGAGGGCCGGCAGCUGCAGCAGCACGACUUUAGCUCCCAGAUUUUCUCCUUGGGCCACUGCCCCACGGGUGACUGGCUGGCCGUGGGCAUGGAGAGCAGCACCGUGGAGAUCCUGCACGUCAGCAAACCGGACAAGUACCAGCUGCACCUGCACGAGAGCUGCGUCCUCUCCCUCAAGUUUGCCUCAUGUGGGAGGUGGUUUGUGAGCACUGGCAAGGACAACCUGCUCAAUGCCUGGAGGACCCCGUACGGAGCCAGCAUCUUCCAGUCAAAAGAGUCCUCCUCCGUCCUGAGCUGUGACAUCUCCACGGACGACCAGUUCAUCGUCACCGGCUCGGGGGAUAAGAAGGCCACGGUCUACGAAGUCAUCUACUAAGAGGGGCCCCCCGCGGCCAGCCAGCGACGUCCCAAAGAAUCCCGGGCCCGGGGAGCCCCACCCCCGCACGGGCCCUGUCGACAUUUCGUGUGUUCUUCGGUGUUUAUUUUUCUACUUCACGGGUUCUGUUUUUUGGCGGGAGGGUUUGUAGGCCCCCAGCUUUAGGUUGUAUUUAAUAAAAUGCCAGAGGCACCUGU